CUCGAAAAGUGAAGCGGCCCUUGGACCGUGUCGGAUCGGCAAGGUGGGGAAAGUGCAGAAGUAUUACUACUACUAGCGCGACCGUCUUGAGUGGCUAGAGAUUGGCUCUGCUGCUUUUGGCUUGACGUCUCUCCACCUCACACAGUAGUAGUAGUACUACACGACACUAACUGAACAAAAAGGUAAAAGCGGAGAAAUCGGAACAGCACGUUCGAAAUAGAACGCCAUGCUCGCCUUUCAGCUGGCCGCCAAGGUGGGCCUUGCCUUGCGCUCACUGCUGGUGCCGCUCCUCCUCGAAGCUUCUCCUGAGGCCGUCCUGUCGAAGCACCCGCUGAUCGACCUGCACGUCGACCUGCCGAUUGUGUUGCGCAUCUUGUACUCCAACAACCUGUCGAAAGUGAACUACUCGGGUACGCUGCCAGGCGCCGUGGACCUCGACCGACUCCGCAGGGGAAAGAGUGCCGGCUUCUUCUCCAUUGCUUUUGUGGAGUGCAAGAGCGACGGCGGCGACGGCUUUCUCUCGCCCACUGAUUCUGUGCGCGACACAUUGGAGCAGAUUGACCUGACAAGGCGCCUGCCCGACUACUUUGCCCAAGAUGUAGCCCUGGCCACGACGCCCGCGUCGGUCCGCUCCAACUUUGCCUCCGAUAAGAUCUCACACCUGAUUGGCAUCGAGGGUGCACAUUCGCUUGGCAACUCCCUCGCUUCGCUCCGCCUCUACCAUGAGCUCGGCGUGCGGUAUUUGACGCUGACGCACACCUGCCACAAUGCGUUCGCGGACAGUGCCGGCUCGACAACCAACGAAACGAGUGCGCCCCUUCACGGAGGUCUCUCGGCGUACGGACUAAGACUCAUUGACGAGAUGAAUCGGCUCGGAAUGAUCGUUGACCUCAGCCACACCUCCGAUGACACAGCCCGCCAGGCCCUUGCGCGGUCAGAGGCCCCCGUCAUCUUUUCCCACAGCGGCGCCCGCUCCAUCUACAACCACAUCCGUAAUGUUCCCGAUGACAUCCUGACGUCCAUCAGCGAAGGCAAGGGGCAAUACGAAGCAGUCGUCGGCAUCCCCUUUCUGCCCGACUUUGUCGGCUCGGCCCCUGAUCAGACGGUCGCUCGCGUUGCCGACCACGUUGAACACGUCGCGGCACUCGCCGGCAGGAGUCGUGUCGCCAUCGGGUCCGAUUUUGACGGCUUUCUCCCUCCGGGCAUCGAGGGCCUCGACGAUGUGUCCAAGUACCGCAACCUCUUUGCGGAGCUUGCCAAGCGCGGCUGGUCAGAGAACGAGCUGGCGGGAUUGGCGAGCGGCAACUUUCUGCGAGUCUUUCAGAAAGUCCUCGACGUCAGCGAAAGGCUUCAGAAGAAGAGGAAAAAGCUGCCGGACAUGAAACCCUGGAGCAACCGGACCGACCUGGGCAAGAUCCCUCGAGCUUCAACCUUCAAUGUAGGAAACUAGAUGUUGUCUGUGCUACUACCACUGGUCCAAUCCAAAGGAAAGCUCUGGUACGGCGUCUCACUUUAGCACUGGCGCUCCUAAAAUCAAGAUUGCGCGAGAGCUGCAAGCCGCUUUUCUCCAAACCCCGGCAAUUGAGGGUUAACACUCGCCGCUCUCUCUGUAAAUUCCUUCUCCCUUUGUACCGCCCUCCGACGACGCCACAUUUAGCGGCGUAACUCGGUCAGUGGAAGCCAAAUGUAUCAUGAAACGGCGAAUCAAUUCAGAGACUCUCACGAAUCC